GUCAACUCUAUCUUAUAUCUGUUUUAUCCAACUACGCAAGUGAUAUCCAAUACUCUAUACCCUUCAUCUUUAUCCCUGAAAUAUACCUAAUUAAGUCAGAAGCUUUCCAAAAUGUCAGCCGUAGUCAAUAAUCAGUUCAAUGAUGCCGAGGGGGCAUCGACACCUCUAUGCAAUAUUAUUACCCCAGUAGGCAUGCUCGGCUAUGGCCUUAAUGAGGAAGAGAACGCUGUCGCCUUAAGACAUCUUCUCGCGACGGGUAUUCCGACCGCUCUAAUUUUAGACUCCGGCUCGACCGAUAGUGGUCCGGACAGGCUUGCCCAGAAACAAAUGGGCUGCCCCCGAACAGCUUACCUUCGGGACCUUAGGAAGCUGCUCAAGUUAGUCCAUGAGUUCCGGGUUCCUCUGAUUUUCAGCUCGGCGGGAGGAGACGGAAUCGACGAACACGUCCGAGAGAUUGUGAAGGUUAUCGAAGAAAUUGCUGCCGAGAAGGGAAAUGAGGACUAUUCCUUGAAGACCGUGGCCAUAUUUUCCAAUAUCGAGAAGGAGACGGUCCGGGAACGCCUCAGGGCAGGACGCGUGCGUGGAUGCGGCCCGUGUGUUCCGGACUUAACCGAAGAGGAUAUCGAUGAGUCGUCGGUGGUUGUCGCGCAGAUGGGUCCCGAGCCGUUUAUCGACGCGAUGAAGGCGAAUCCGGACUUUAAUGUUAUAGUCGGCGGUCGUGCCUACGACCCAGCCCCGUACGUCGCCUAUUGCGCUUAUUUGGCCGGAUUAGAUACGAACGACGUGAACUCACCUGUGGUCCAACGCCAGAUGGGUGGAUUCACGCACAUGGGCAAGAUUCUAGAGUGCGGAGGGACGUGUGCUAUACCAAAGUCACACGGAGCUAUCGCAACAGUAUAUAGGGACGGAGGUUUUACCAUCUCGCCUUUAUCGCCGGCGGCUCGCUGCACCCCGGUGUCAGUGGCCGCACACACGAUGUACGAGAAAUCGCGCCCUGAUAUUUUACACGGCCCGGGUGGAUAUUUCGAUCUAAACUCCGCGACCUACGAACAGCUACCCGAUCAGAGGACGAUCAAAGUCCGUGGCAGCAAGUUCCAUUUCUCCAAAGAGAGCGGUCCGUAUCAAGUGAAAUUAGAGGCCGCCAGUAUCAUUGGGUACCGAUCACUGUUCUUGGGUAGCUUCCGAGACCCAAUUCUUAUCAGCGAGCUCAAUGCAUUACUCAAGCUCGUCAAACGCUAUGCUGUUGAACAGCACAGCCAUGUGACUGAGAAGUGGGAAUUUGAUUUCCAUAUCUACGGAAAACCAGAGGAAGGCGUAGAGAAUGAAUCUCCUGAGGUAUUCCUCAUUGGUGAGGCACUGGCUCCUACGCAAGAAUUAGCAACCAGUAUUGCAGCUACCGCUAGAAUAGGUGUCAUUCAUGGAAGUUAUCCAGGACAGAAGGCCACUUCGGGAAACUUCGCGUUUGGUAUUGGUGGCAAGUCCGUUAUCGAGUUGGGCCCAUGCUCGCGAUUUACCAUGUACCACCUCAUGGAUCUUGAAGAAGGCGAGGAGGGUUUAUUACUAGAAGAUAGUAUCUCGACCCCUGCUACCAAUGGUGUGAACGGCAACGGAACCCACAAGCAACGAAAGCCUCUGUUUACCCAGUCUGCUUCUUUAAUCGGCAAUGGAGAUAGACCAUCGUCAAAAGCUCCUAUCUCGACUACUAACGGCUCUGCAAAUGGUGCCAAGCAAAACGGCGAGGAGGGCUUCGCAACGGCUAAACUUGUUAAUGGUUCAAAAUCAAAUGGACAUGCCAAGCCUACUAAACUUGGGGACUUAGCCCAAGUUGUAAGGUCCAAGAACUCGGGUCCGUAUGAGAUCACCUUCGACCUCAUAUUCGAGUCCCGGGAAACUUAUCUUAAGGUCAAAGAAUCAGGCCUUCUGUCUGUUAAAACGGUAGCCGACGUCUUUAAGCUGCCAGAGAGCGACAUAUUGUGGUGUGGAUUCUUCGACCCGGCCCAGGCGUUUAAAGCCACAAUCCCCCGUAUUCGGGCUGGCAAGCGUAUGCCGGGUGGAGGAUUCAUGGAGAAUGACGUUCACGGAUCUCAGCAACAUCUUCCACUUGUAAACAUGAAGUUGCCGGAAGAACUACUUGCUUCCCUUCCUAAGGCUUAG